CUAACCAAUAAGAGGCGGCCCCGGAGAGACGCUGCAUCCGGCGCUAGUUGAGUAUACAAAGCAUCCUCCUCCGCUGCAAGACAUCCCUUUGAGAUACAAGAGUACAAAUGGGGCGCAGAAAGUCGAAGAGGAAGCCACCGCCUAAGAAAAAAAUGACGGGUAACCUGGACACUCAGUUCACUUGCCCGUUCUGUAACCACGAGAAAUCCUGCGAUGUCAAAAUGGAACGAACCCGCAACACAGGGAUCAUAUCGUGCAGUGUUUGUUUGGAGGAGUUCCAGACUCCAAUAACCUAUCUGUCUGAACCAGUGGAUGUUUACAGUGAUUGGAUCGAUGCCUGUGAAGCAGCCAAUCAGUAGUACUGUUUUGCUGUGACUCACCUUUUCUCUAACCUCACUCACGUUUCACCCCUUUGAUUAGUCUGGUGAAUCAGUUCCCUUUUAGUUAGCACCAUGUAGCAAAGCAUUCUGUUUUUCUGUAAUAGUGUGAUAUGUUUAGUUUCAUUCUGCCACAGUGUGGCUUGCAGAGCAUGUCACAUUCCUCUGGCUGGGCCGGAGUGUCACCAUGUUGUUUUGACAGUACCCUGUAUACAUCACAGUUCUCAGUGUAAAGGUUUUCAUGUCUCAUUUCAGUGAUUUGCUUAAGGAAAUUGUUGUUUUCUUUUACAUUAGAUCAAGAUGUUUUCUCUUUUUCUGGACCAAAAUGUCAUAUAAUUAUGUUUAGAGUGUAACCUGACUGAUAUUUCUACUAGUGUAAAACAUUCCAUUUUCUUUAUUUGUACUUGUGAUCUAUAGAUGGAAAUUAUUUUUCUCAGUAGGUCAUUGCAGGGUUGUAUGCAGAUUAUGACAUAUAGACACACGUGUUACUUUUGUGGAAGUAGUGUUUUAGUUUACAACCCUGUCACUAAUGCACUGAAUUAUUUUGUUGUUGUUGUUUUUUUUUUUUUUAACAAACUGCCAAAUUAUUCAUUUUUUGGGACCAGUAUAUAUAUUUGUACUGCAAAAUUUUAUUUUCCUUUUUAAAAUCACAAUCAUGUAAUUUCUAUUACACUACUUUUGUGUAUUUCACAUUUACUGCGUUUGAUGUAAUGACAGUAAUGAGAAAAUUAAACCAGAACCAUA